ACGCGGAUCCCCAGCGCCCGGACCCCAUCCGACCGCUCCCUUUGCCACUUGCGCGGCUUCCACCCCUGGGCUGGCCUCAAAGCCUCCUCCGUUGGCGGCCUGGAAGGUGCCCAGCGGCAGCAGCGCCAGACGCGCCCCGUUAGCUCAGCGUCGCUGAGCAUCCGCAGCCGCCACCAGGCCCCGCCCAGCGGCCGCCGCCAGCCAGGCCGCGCCCGGGACGACUGCAGAGCGUGGUGCUGCUGUUCAGUGUGUGGGGCUUAAUCCGUCUCCACCGCCAGAUCUUUCUCCGUGGGUUUCGUUGCCAAGAUCGCUGCCAUGCCAGUGACGGUUACCCGCACAACUGUCACGACCACCAUGACGACGUCCUCGGGCCUGGGGUCCCCCACCAUUGUGGGGUCCCCUCGAGCCCUGACCCAGCCCCUGGGUCUCCUUCGCCUGCUGCAGCUGGUGUCCACCUGCGUGGCCUUCUCUCUGGUGGCCAGCGUGGGCGCCUGGACGGGGUUCAUGGGUAACUGGUCCAUGUUCACCUGGUGCUUCUGCUUCUCCGUGACUCUCAUCAUCCUCAUCGUGGAGCUCUGUGGGCUCCAGGCCCGCUUCCCCCUGUCUUGGCGCAACUUCCCCAUCACCUUCGCCUGCUACGCGGCCCUCUUCUGCCUCUCGGCCUCCAUCAUCUACCCCACCACCUUUGUCCAGUUCAUGGGCCACGGCCGUUCCCGGGACCACGCCAUCGCCGCCACCUUCUUUUCCUGCGUCGCCUGCGUGGCUUAUGCCACCGAAGUGGCCUGGACCCGGGCACGGCCCGGCGAGAUCACAGGCUACAUGGCCACCGUGCCGGGGCUGCUGAAGGUGCUGGAGACCUUCGUGGCCUGCAUCAUCUUCGUCUUCAUCAGCAGCGCCCACCUGUACCAGCACCAAUCCGCCCUGGAGUGGUGCGUGGCGGUCUACGCCAUCUGCUUCAUCCUGGCGGCCGUCGCCAUCCUGCUGAACCUGGGCGAGUGCACCAACGUGCUGCCCAUCCCCUUCCCCAGUUUCCUGUCGGGGCUGGCCUUGCUCUCUGUCCUCCUCUACGCCACUGCCCUCGUCCUCUGGCCACUCUACCAGUUUGACGAGAAGUAUGGCGGCCAGCCCCGGCGUGCCAGAGAUGUGAGCUGCGGCAGCCGACACAACUACUACGUGUGUGACUGGGACCGCCGGCUGGCCGUGGCCAUCCUGACGGCCAUCAACCUCCUGGCGUAUGUGGCCGACCUGGUGUACUCUGCCCACCUGGUUUUUGUCAAGGUCUAAGACUCUCUCCCAGGAGGCUCCCGUUCUCUUUGCAGACCUCUUGGUUCUUCCUGCGCGAGUUUUCUUUCCUGCGGACUUCUUGGCUCUGUUUUCCAGUGUCCCCUCCCUGCCCUUUCCCUUCCAGUUCAUCAGACUCUAAGCAGUUCUUGGAUGCGUCGCCUCUCCUUUCCCCUCGCUGUUUCCUUCCGCAGUUCUGCUGCCCACAUCCUGUUUCAUCCCUGAGACGUUUCUCUUUUUCUUUUCUUUUUUCUUUUUUUUUUUCAAGACAGAGUCCCCAGGCUGGAGCACAGUGGCACGAUCUCCGCUCACUGCAACCUCCACCUCGUGGGUUAAGGCAGUUCUGCCUGAGCCUUCCAAGCAGCUGGGAGGACAGGCAUGAGCCGCCACGCCCAGCCUGUUCUCUUUUCCACUGUUUUUUUUUUCUCAUCUCUUUGCCGGGUUUCCUGUUGGCUUUCUCAUCUGUUUCCCAACCACCUUCUCCUGUGUCCUCGGGAGCCCUGGGACUUCUUUCUCUCCCUGCCCCCACCCACCUCCAAAGGUGCUGAGCUCCACACAUCCACACCCCUUGCAGCCGGCCAUGCCACAGCCUCCCAAGGGGCCCCAUUGCCAAAGCAUGCCUGCCCGCCCCGCUGUGCCUUAGUGUGUAUGUGUCUGUGUGUGUGUGUGUAUGUGUGUGUUUGGGGGGUGGGGGGUGGGUAGCUGGGGAUUGGGCCCCCUUUCUCCUAGUGGAGGAGGGUGUGCAGUACACCUCCCCUUUAAAUUAAGUAUAUAUAUAUAUCUGAAGUUAAUUUCCAACGGGCGGGAGGCUUUAAGCACAGACCCUGGCUCCCUAGGCCCCGCCUGGCACUCAGCCUUGCUAGAGAUUGGCUCCAGAAUUUUUGCCAGGCUUGCGGAACACCCGCUGCCUAGAGGCCAUCUUAAAGCAAGGUUGGCUGCCUUUCAUCCCAACUAUUCUCUGUGGUAUCAAAAAAAAAAAAGGAGUUGGGGCCAGGCAUGGUGGCUCAUGCACGUAAUCCCAGCACUUUGGGAGUCCAAGGCAGGUGGUCACCUGAGGUCGGGAGUUCAAGACCAGCCUGGCCAACACGGUGAAACCGCAUCUCUACUAAAAAUACAAAAACUUAGCCGGGCGUGGUGGCACAUGCCUUUAAUCCCAGCUACUUGGGAGGCUGAGGCAGGAGAAUCCCUUGAACUCGGGAGGUGGAAGUUGCAGUAAGUCGAGAUGGUGCCACUGUAGUCCAGCCUGGGUGACAGAGCAAAACUGUCUCACACACACACACAAAAGGAGUUAGACAGAGAACCACAGGAUGUUGAAGACAACUGUUUGAAGUAUUUGUGAGGGACAGUGAUGUGACCCUCCGUGUUAAAAAUAAUGUGUCCUGCUUUGGCAGAGAGGAGAAGAAAAUGGCCACUGCCCGCCUUCAAGGCAAGAUCAGCCUUACUGGUUUGGUUUUGUUCUUUGCUUUUUCCUGGUCGUGAGGGCAAAAAUUACUGAGUGGUCCUUAAACAGGGAAGUUUCUUUUCAGCUGUUGUGUUUUGAUGGUGGGUGGGAUGGUGGGGCUUGCUGCUGUCCUGGCCGGAGGGAUGGCUUUGCUUGAAUGUGUGCUGCACACACACGGGUGUUUCUGUGUGCUAGUUGCUUCUUGCUGCUCCUGCCUGCUUGUCUGGGACUCACAUGCAUAACAUGAUAUAUAUAUAUAUAUAAAUGUAUAAAUAUAUAUUUUAUUUUUUUUUAAUUCCCUGGAGCUUUUGGUUCCCAUCAGCUCUUGCUGUUAAUCAUAGAAGCCUUGUUCCUUCCCCUAUUCUCCUAUCCAUCACGUUCUUUUUCUUUAAAUGUCAAUAUAAAGAUAAAAGAA